GCAUUGGAACUUGUAAGGGCAACUUGACCGUCAAUCAUGUCUCAUCAAUCAAUCUGAGACUAUAGUGAUGAAUCAAAGUAAAUCUUAAGGUCGCACUAGCCCUAGUGAUUUACAAUUUUCCCCUUAAAUACUUACACUAUUUUCGAGUGUCUGAAAACCGAAAAUGCUGAAGAAUAUAAGAUCACGAUCUUAUCACAACUUCCCAUGUUGAAACCAUGUGUGAUUUAGAGUCGUAAGGGAAAUUAGUGUGUUGUGACCUUUAGGAAAUUCUAAUGUGAUGAAUUUCUUCUCGUCAAGCAAAUAAUUAAACAGCUGAGAAAUGUAUCUUUGGCCUACAUUUCACGAAAUUUCUACAAAGUGGAGUAUUUCUCGUGAAAAAACAACAACACACCAACGAUCGUGAUCAGAAAUGGUGAAAUAUAUCGAAAAGAUAUGAAAAUUGGUGUGUUGUUGUCAUUUAAAAACCACAAAAUUUCUUUACGGGGGAAUUAUCAUCAUAUCCGGAUCGUGUAAAGAGUUGGCCAAAUAUUUCGCGAGCUCUGUAAAGGAACAACCAUCAGACAAUAAAUAGUCACUAUAGUGUGGGGUCUUGUAAAGUCAUUCGCUAAAUAACGCCAAUUUCCGUAAUAUCCCUGGUCUCUGUGCCCCCUCGCGCUUUUGCUCAGAAUAUUGAGAAAGAUAGGAGUGCUGAUAAGGAAAAAAGUGGUUCUUAUCGCUCAGAGUCGUGCCAUCAAUGAUUUGAAAAGAAGAAGAGUGGUGUUUGUCAUUUAAAAGGAGGCUUCCAUCGUCUCCAGACUUCAGUUCAUAUUGGAGAAUCUUCUGAAAGUCGCCAAAAAAAAAUCGCGUGCUGUGAAUAAUGAUGAAAGUGUGUACUCUCGCCAUUGUCUUUGCCACUGUUGGGAUCUUUGAGGCAUCGGGUCAUGGAAUGCUCAUGAAUCCCGCCAACCGAGGAUCACUGUGGCGCGUCGGCUUGUCCAGUCUGGCCAAUUACAACGAUAAUGCCAACUAUUGUGGAGGAUUUUACGUUCAACACAGUCUGAAUGGCGGGAAAUGUGGCCUCUGUGGAGAUGAUUACAGAUCUCCAACUCCUCGUGAUCAUGAGAAUGGCGGAAAGUACGGGAAUGGCGUGAUUUCUGGAAGUUACCAGCGAGGAGCCACAAUUCCGGUAUCCGUAUUAAUCACAGCCAACCACAAUGGCUAUUUCUACUUCAAUCUCUGCAAUUUGGAUGCGAAUGGUGCCGAAUCCGAUGCUUGUUUCGCUCAGUAUUCGUCCCUGAAAACAUCCUCAGGCACGGGGAAAUACUACCUCAACUCCUCCGCUGUGGGAUACUACAAUUUCACUAUCACCCUGCCGAAUGUCUCCUGUAAACGCUGCGUCCUGCAGUGGACUUACCACGUGGGCAACAACUGGGGAUACUGCGAUGACGGCACAGGAGCCCUGGGAUGUGGACCACAGGAGAACUUCCGCACCUGCUCAGACAUCUCCAUCAGCUAAAGAUUUCAUCUACAAUACCACGCCGCAUUCAAUGUUCCUGCCAGUAUUCUACAAUAAAGUCAUUGUAGCUAAAAACACCAUACAUAUUUUUAUCGCAAAUGAGACCCUCUGCCGCUCAAUUGCUUUACAAUCCCCGCAAUUCUGGGAAAUUGUGGGUGCCAGUGGAAUGUUUAAUCAUUAAUAUCCCCC